GCCGCAAGGCGCGUCCUGGGACCGGAUGGUGUCAUGGAACCCCCGGGGGAGCAGCUGCAAAGUUCCGAGGCGCCCAGAUCUGUGCCCCCGGGAGAACCCGCGCUGUCGGUCCCAGAGGUCCUCUGCGUGGAGGGUAGCACCUCGGAGGCCCGGAGCCCUGAGUCUCAGCUCCGGGACCGGCCCCUGUCACCGCAGGAAGAGGCGGCUCUCCAGGAGCAGGAGGAGCUGCCGGAAUGCCGCCGCCCCCGUGCGCGCUCCUUCUCCCUGCCAGCCGACCCGAUCCUGCAGGCGGCCAAGCUCUUGCAGCAGCGGCAGCAGGCGGUGCAACCGGGCACCGAGGGCGGCAAGCCGGCCGGGGAGUGCUGUGCCAAGUGCAAGAAGCGUGUGCAGUUCGCCGACUCGCUGGGACUGAGCCUGGCCAGUGUAAAGCACUUCAGCGAGGCGGAGGAGCCGCAGGUGCCACCCGCCGUGCUGUCCCGUCUCCGCAGCUUUCCGAUGCGCGCCGAGGACCUGGAGCAGCUCGGGGGUCUGUUGGCGGCGGCAAAGGUACCGGCGCCCCUCUGGGUGCCACCCGUCCGCCUCCGACCCCUCUUCCAGCUCCCGGGGCCCAGGGCAGCAUCCGAGCGCCUGCGGCGUCAGCGCGUGUGCCUGGAGCACGUGCGAUGCUCCCAGCCGCCGGGCUCCCAGGUGACUGGCUCGGGUCGAGUGCUCAGCUGCCCCGGAUUCAGGGCAGUGGCGGUGCGUUACACCUUCACCGAGUGGCGCACCUUUCUGGACGUGCCGGCGGAGCUGCAGCCUGAGCCAUCUGAGCUCCAGCCGUCUGUUCUGUCGGGGAACUCUGGACCAGGGUCAGGGGAUGCUGAGGAGGAGCCAGGCACCGAGCGUUUCCAUUUCUCGCUGUGCCUGCCUCCAGGCCUGCAACCCAAAGAAGGGGAGGACGCUGACGCGUGGCAUGUCGCUAUCAACUUUGCAGUCUGCUACCGCUGCGAGCUGGGCGAAUAUUGGGACAACAACAAUGGAGCCAACUACACACUGCGCUAUGCGCGCUCCACUGACCGCCUCUGAGUCUGGGCGCUUCCGGAGACGGUGAAGAGAGGCUAAUCAAAACGCCCAGCUCCAGCCAGGACGCCCGGGACCCUUAGCAAAGUGGUAUAUCUAGUAUUAAGGUGAGCAUGAAAGGAAGGAAAGGAGCGAAGCAUUGAAUCAUGAAGCUGUGCCCACACAGCAGCAAGCACAGUGGGUCUGGGCAAUGUUCUGAACUCCCCUCGACUAAGGCUUCUCAUCACUUCCACCGACUUUUCUACUUGGCUUCUAGAGUUCCCUGCCGGCAUCAGAAUGAAGAAACCCCUCAGGGUCCCCAAGCGGCCGCUCUCCAAGAAAAAGGCUCUCGAACCCUGAGCCCGGAUCUGUGACCUCGGGGGUUUGUUUCUAACUCGAGACGUGGUGGUUUUUACCUUGAUGAAAACCUGUAGGGAAAGUACAAGGUGCUCCCCCUUCAUCACUGCCCACCCCCAAUUCACAUGGAACCUUCACAUCCAUGCCCGUUUCUCAGAGAAAACCAGGUGGGGGCUGGGCAGCUUGUCCUUUCAACUGGGAUCUAGAAAUGUCUGCCGGGCUUCAUGUUUACUUCUGUGAUUGGGUACAAAUGCCCUUUUACUUUUAAAAAGUAAAGGCCGCAUGCACACUUCCACUGUAUGGUAUGUUUUACCUUCUGAGAAUUUGCGGGGGGCCUUGGCUGACACAACACUGUAACAAGUAUAAAACAACAGUGUUCACAA